AGAGAGAGAGAGAGAGAGAGAUGUCCGUAGCUCGCUCUCUCUCUUCAGUCUCGCUCUUCCAGGAAGGGAUUAUUAACCAGCGCGCUGCCGACAUGUGAAGGGAAAACACUCGCAGACAAAAGAAGUUUUCGCACCGACAGCCGCGCUAUGGACCUGACCAGCAGAUAGAGAAAGAAAGAAAGAAAAUAAAGAAAAAGGAAAUAAAGAAAAAAGGGAAAAGAAUAGAAAAAGCGGGCUACAUGAGAGAGAAAAAAACCAACUUCUCCCACAGUAACAAGCCGAGCAGUCGGGCUGCCGCUUCUGCUGCUCUCGCUGUGCGGGUUUCUAUAGCGAAGGAGAGGAGAUAAAAGAAGAGAGAAGAAAAUUAAAAACAACAACAACAAAACGGAAAAGUGGAGACGGAGAAGGAGAGAAGUUGACGGGAGAUAAUGUCUGAAUCCUCCUCCGCUGCGACCAAGCAGGAGAGGAGCUCUUUCAGUCCUUCCGCGAACCCGCUGCCAAACUCCACUUCCUCCCCCGUCCAUGCUCCCGCCGCGAGGCCAGCCAGCCGAAUGGAGGACGAGCCUGCCAGGCUGCCUGCGCACCUGCGUUUGCAGCCAGUUUUUUGGAGCAGGGAGGACGUGGCCCAGUGGCUGCGAUGGGCUGAGAAGGAGUUUGCCCUGCGGCCGAUCACCAGCGGCUCUUUCCAGAUGAAUGGCAAAGCCCUGCUGCUGCUCACCAAGGAGGACUUCCGCUACCGAUCCCCCCACUCUGGGGAUGUCCUGUAUGAGCUGCUGCAGCACAUCUUGAAGCAGAGGAAGCCCCAUGUGUUUUACCCGUCUGCCUACUUCCCUGGGAACUCCUUCCACUCGCUGCCUGAAAGCGCUGUGCAGCACAUGAAGCUCGAAGAAACGGUACGACGGGGACCACGCGGUCCAGAGCCACUCCCCCAGCAUCCACCAACUAUUGAGCUGCGGCACCGCUCCCGCUCCCCUCAUCAUCCAGCCCCACGAAGAUCCCCUCUGGAGCCAAACCAUCCCCGCCCCGCCAAUGAGGACUCCCUCCAGACCUUCUCCCAGCUGCCCGACAGUAACCACCACCUGCCCGAGGAAAUGUACCCUUUGUCAGUGUCCCCGGCUGCACCGAACGGGCGCUGCACGACGCCCCGAGAACCCCCCUGCCCGGGCAGCCCUGGGGGCCAGGAGGCGGGCCCUCCUCGCGUCAUCCAGCUCAUGCCCAGCACCAUCAUGAACCCUCUGCUCCUCAGCCCAAGCAGGAGCGGCGGGGGUGCCGGCAUGGACUUCAGGCACAGUCGCGGUGGACCCCCAUCUCAGGCGACGCUUGAGAAUGGGCGCGAAAGUAAAGUCCAUGGCCACCAUCAUCCGAUGCCACUGGCACAGCAACAGCAGUCGCAGCAACAGCACCUACUGCAGCAGGAGGAGGCGCUCUACAGGAACCAUGUCAUCAUGCCAGUGUCUCCUCCAGAGGAGCAGCAAAUGCCCAUUGGACGGAUAGCAGACUGCAGGCUGCUGUGGGACUAUGUCUACCAGCUCCUGUCAGACAGCAGGUACGAGAACUACAUCCGCUGGGAAGAUCCAGACAACAAAGUCUUCCGCAUCAUGGACCCCAAUGGUCUGGCCAGGCUCUGGGGCAAUCACAAGAACAGGACAAAUAUGACGUACGAGAAGAUGUCGCGAGCACUGAGACACUACUACAAACUGAACAUUAUCAGGAAAGAGCCUGGACAAAGACUUCUGUUCAGAUUCAUGAAAACUCCUGACGAGAUAAUGAACGGACAGACUGACCGGCUGGAGCACCUGGAGUCUGACACAGAUGAACAAAUCUACAUCAAAGAGGAAUGCUGAGGAACUCUGGGAGAAAACAAAAAGGCCACAAACUUCUUACUACUACAGCCGCUGAUGCCUUUCAGACGCAGCUUGAACAAUCGAUGUUGAAUCUGGAGCGCAUGGACGUUCGCUUCUAUCAGUCCUACACAGAGAGACACGAAAUCCGAUGUCUCAUAUGAUUGCCUUAGGAUGAUCAUUUCCUGAAGUAUACACAAAACAAAACCUAAAAAAAAAAAAAAAAAACAGCAUCAGUUGUUUUGAUUUUCCUGAUGGACAGAGCUGAAACGACUUUCUAAGUGCUCCCUCUUAUUUCCAAAUGAACUGCAAAAGCCAAUCACCUUGUGCUUAUGUCACUUUUAUGAUUUGUUUUUUUUUUUCGUCUCCUCACAUGCAUUAUACUACGGAAUUUUGUAAAAAGAAAAUUGUGUGUGCGCGUGUGACAGGAAUGUUUUCACCAUGGAAUAAACAUUUUGAUCAAA